UCUCUCUUGCGUGUCUCGCGCCCGCCCGCCCGCCCGCCCUCCUUUUUUUCCCUCGCUCUCUCUCUCUCUCUUUGCCCUCUCUCUCUCUCUCUCUCUCUCUCUCUCUCGGAGUCUCGCUCACUUUCUGCCUCAAUAUGUCUCAAGAUGGCGGCCAAUGCGGGAUCGAUGUUCCAAUAUUGGAAGCGCUUUGACUUCCCGCAGCUGCAGAGGGAGCUUGACGCCACAGCCACCGUCUUGGCUAACCGGCAAGAUGAAAGUGAACAAUCGAGAAAGAAACUUAUUGAACAAAGCCGCGAGUUCAAGAAGAACACUCCAGAGGACCUGCGCAAACAGGUAGCUCCGCUCCUGAAGAGUUUCCAGGGAGAGAUUGAUGCGUUGGGCAAGAGAAGCAAAGAAGCCGAGGCGGCCUUCCUGAAUGUCUACAAGAGAUUAAUCGACGUUCCAGAUCCUUCUCCCGCUCUGGAUCUGGGGCAGCAGCUCCAGCUGAAAGUCCAACGCAUGCACGACAUCGAAACCGAGAACCAGAAGCUCCGGGAAACGCUCGAGGAGUACAACAAGGAAUUUGCAGAAGUCAAAAACCAAGAGGUGACCAUAAAAGCACUUAAGGAGAAGAUCCGGGAGUAUGAGCAGACCCUGAAGAACCAAGCGGAGAACCUCGCUCUUGAGAAGGAACAGAAGCUGCAGAAUGACUUUGCCGAGAGAGAAAGAAUGUUGCAAGAGACGCAGAUCUCAACGGCCUCGAAACUGGAGGAGGCCGAGCACAAAAUGCAGGCGCUACAAACAGCCUUGGAAAAGACGCAGGCAGAAUUAUUUGACCUGAAGACCAAAUACGACGAGGAGACAACGGCAAAGUCGGAUGAAAUCGAGAUGAUCAUGACGGAUCUUGAAAGAGCAAAUCAGAGGGCGGAGGUGGCGCAAAGAGAAGCCGAGGCCUUGAGGGAGCAGCUCUCCUCCGCCAACAAAUCUCUCCAGCUGGCCACCCAGAUCCAGAAAGCGCCAGACGUGGAGCAGGCGAUUGAGGUGCUGACGCGGUCCAGCCUGGAAGCGGAGCUGGCGGCCAAGGAGCGGGAGAUUGCGCAGCUGGUGGAGGACGUGCAGCGCCUGCAGGGAAACCUCUCCAAACUCCGGGAGAACUCCACCAGCCAGAUCUCCCAGCUGGAGCAGCAGCUCACCGCCAAGAACAGCACCCUCAAGCAACUGGAAGAAAAACUGAAGGUGCAAGCGGAUUAUGACGAGGUCAAGAAAGAAUUAAACAUCUUGAAGUCCAUGGAGUUUGCGCUUUCGGACAGUUCCGGCACUCAGGAUGCGGCCUCCAAACCCUUGGAGGUCCUGCUCCUGGAGAAGAACCGCCUGCUGCAGUCGGAGAACGCCACGCUGCGCAUCACCAACAGCGACUUGAGCGGGUCAGCCAGGAGAAAAGGGAAAGACCAGCCUGAGAGCCAGCGUCCUGCAGCUUUGCCGGCCUCCCCUCCUCCUCCUCCUCCUCCUCCUCCUCCUCCGCCUCCUCCUCAGUUGCCCCGCAACGCAGGGGAGCAGGCUUCCAAUACUAAUGGUACACACCAGUUCCCACCAACGGGUUUAAGUCAAGACUUUUUCAGCUCGUCCUUGGCAAGCUCCGGCUUACCCCUGGCUUCUACGGGAAAAUUUGCACUAAACUCUCUCCUCCAGCGCCAGCUCAUGCAGUCCUUCUACUCCAAGGCCAUGCAGGAAGCGGGAAGCACAAGCAUGAUUUUUUCAGCAGGUCCCUACAGCACAAACUCCAUAUCUUCCCAAAGCCCCUUGCAACAAAGCCCCGACGUCAACGGCAUUUCCCCCUCGCCCGGCCACUCGGACGGCACCACCGCCGCCGGCGGCAACAACGCCUCGGACGGCGAGGACAUGGACACGGCCGAGAUCGCCCGCCAGGUCAAGGAGCAGCUGAUCAAGCACAAUAUCGGGCAGCGCAUCUUCGGACACUACGUCCUGGGCCUCUCGCAAGGCUCCGUGAGCGAGAUCCUGGCCCGGCCCAAGCCCUGGAACAAGCUGACCGUGCGGGGCAAGGAGCCGUUCCAUAAGAUGAAGCAGUUCCUCUCGGACGAGCAGAACAUCUUGGCACUGCGCAGCAUCCAAGGCCGGCAAAGAGAGAAUCCAGGCCAGAACCUGAACAGGCUAUUUCAGGAAGUACCGAAACGAAGAAAUGGGUCGGAAGGCCACAUCACCACCAGGAUCCGGGCCACGGAGGCCGGCUCCGACGAAGCCAUCAAGUCCAUCCUGGAGCAAGCCAAGAGGGAGCUGCAGGUGCAGAAAACAGCGGAGCCUCCGCAGCCGCCUUCCCUGUGCAGCGGCGGCGGAUCCGACGAGGCCAUCCGCUCCAUCCUGCAGCAGGCCCGGCGGGAGAUGGAGGCCCAGCAGGCCGCCCUGGAGCCCGCCCUGAAGGCCACCCAGGCCGAGAUGUCGCUCCUGUCCCCCAAGCUGGUCCCUGCCCCGGUGGGCCUCUCUGCAGUCGCCGGCUACUCCCCGUUGCCCAUGUCGCUGAAGAAGCACUCGUCCUCCUCUUCCUCCUCGGCCGAGUCCGGCCUCUGCUCGCUGCAGACCCUCAAGAAGGAGGCCCCGGAGAGCCCCGGCCUGGAGCUGCUCCACGGGGUCUCGGACGCCUCGGCACAAGGAGUGCUGCGCCACGUCAAGAACGAACUGGGCCGCAGCGGAGUCUGGAAGGACCACUGGUGGAGCACGGUGCAGCCGGAGCGGAGGGGGGCCCCGCUGGCCCCGGAGGAGGCCCCCAAGGCGGAGGAGGCGCCCGGCGGGAAGGAGAAGCGCGGCGGGCAGGCGCCCCAAGGGCCCUCCUCCUCCUCCGCCUCCUCCGAGUACUGGAAAGAGUGGCCCAACGCCGAGUCGCCCUACUCGCAGGGCUCAGAGCUGAGCGUGACGGGGGCCAGCCGCAGCGAGACCCCGCAGAACAGCCCCCUCCCCUCCUCCCCCAUCGUCCCCUUGGCCAAGCCCUCCAAGCCCUCCGUCCCGCCCCUCACGCCAGAGCAGUACGAGAUCUACAUGUACCAGGAGGUGGACACCAUCGAGCUCACCCGACAGAUCAAAGAGAAGCUAGCCAAGAACGGCAUCUGCCAAAGGAUAUUUGGGGAAAAGGUGCUGGGCCUGUCCCAGGGAAGCGUCAGCGACAUGCUGUCCCGGCCGAAGCCCUGGAGCAAGCUGACCCAGAAAGGCCGCGAGCCCUUCAUCCGCAUGCAGCUCUGGCUCAACGGCGAACUGGGCCAGGGCGUCCUCCCGUCCCAAGGACAGCCCCUCGGACAAGCUCUUCCCUCGGUGGCCUCGCUGCAGGACGCCCUUCCGCAGGGAUGCGCCAGCUCAGAAAGCACCCCAAAGACCUCUGCCAGCUGCAGCCCUGCCCCGGAGUCUCCCAUGAGCUCCAGCGAGUCGGUGAAGAGCCUGACCGAACUGGUCCAGCAGCCGUGCCCAACCAUCGAGGCCGGCAAGGAAGGCAAGCUGCAGGAGCCCGGCGAGGCCUCCUCCGCCGCCGCCGACCCCCAGCCCAACGUCCCGUUGCUCCUCUCCGGCCACUCCUCGCUCAGCAUCCAAGAGCUGGUCGCCAUGUCCCCGGAGCUGGACACCUACGGCAUCACCAAGCGGGUCAAGGAGGUGCUCACGGACAACAACCUCGCGUGGCUGACAAGCCUAAAAUGCAGCAGAAGAGGCAAGAAAUGUACCCCAACCUUUGCAUUAGGGCAGCGUCUGUUUGGGGAGACCAUCCUGGGCCUGACGCAGGGCUCCGUCUCGGACCUGCUCGCGCGGCCAAAGCCCUGGCACAAGCUCAGCCUCAAGGGCCGGGAGCCCUUCGUCCGCAUGCAGCUCUGGCUCAACGACCCCAACAACGUGGAGAAGCUGAUGGACAUGAAGCGCAUGGAGAAGAAAGCGUACAUGAAGCGGCGGCACAGCUCGGUGAGCGACAGCCAGGCCCCGGAGUCGUCCUCGUCCGGGCUGGACUACGGCCAAGGGUCCAGCCCGCAGGCCCAGCACCACCAGCUGAAGAAGCCCCGCGUGGUCCUGGCCCCCGAGGAGAAGGAGGCGCUCAAGCGCGCCUACCAGCAGAAGCCAUACCCAUCACCAAAAACCAUUGAGGAACUGGCCACCCAGCUCAACCUCAAGACCAGCACCGUCAUCAACUGGUUCCACAAUUACAGGUCUCGCAUCCGCCGAGAGCUGUUCAUUGAGGAGAUCCAGGCGGGGGGCCAGGGCCAGGCGGGGGCCAGCGACUCCCCUUCUGCCCGGAGCGCCCGGGGGGUGGCCCACGGCUCCGAGGGGGACAGCUGCGACGGGGUGGACACCGACGGCCCGGCUGACGCAAAGCUCGGGGUCCCGGACGGCGAGGACGACGACAGCGGCACCGCCACGGCCACAAAGUCUCAGGGAGGGCGAGCGGGAGCCGCCGACGGGGAAGAGGCCGGGUCCUCGGAAAAGUCGGGGAGCCGGGAAGAGGAUACGGACGAGGAGGGCGGGCUCGGAGCCUCCCCGCGGCCGGGGGGUACCGGGGGGGCCACACCGAACUGUGCGCAGGAGGAGGAGGGGGACGCCUCGACCUCGUCCGCCUGCGUCCUCCCGGGCGGGCGCUGCUCGGGCCAGGCCAAGGAGGAGCGAGCGGGGAGGAUCCCCAUUGUGCCAAGUACCAGCUCCACGCCGGGCGCCCGGAAGGCCAACUCCCUGGAGAGCCUCUUCGGCUUCUCGGAAGCGACGACGGCCUGCUCCAAGAACUCCCGGGACAACUCCCUGCGGAAAAAGAAGGCGGCCAACUUGAACAGCAUCAUCCACCGCCUGGAGAAGGCCGCCAGCCGGGAGGAGCCCGUGGAGUGGGAGUUUUGAGAGCAGGCCCCCCACUCACCCCACUCCGUGCCCGGACGCUUGGACCUCUUUGCCGGUUUCGGAUCUACGUCCCGCACUUACCGCCCUGCAGGCCACGGGGCACAAAACGCCAUAGGCCACGGUGCAUCGAGAGAGCAAAAGGAGCGUCUCCACCGGGUUUCACGUUUGUGUUUUCGACAACAAAGAAGAAGAAGACGGAAGAGAACGGUGUCGUCCCGCUUUUUGUACCCUGAACUGUUUCUACGAAUUGCCCUGAAGUGAUUUCCACAGUUUCUGGGGAAGAAAAAAAAAACUCACACAACUUUUGCCUUCUGCCCUCCGCUUUGGUGUGGGCCUUAAAACAGAUAUAUACAAGCAAGAAAAAAAAAUGAAACCCACAUAUUUAAAAGGGGGCUUUUUAACCUGCCAUCUAAUGGCUAAACGGAAUGAUAAUAAUACACGAUUAUCUUCUGUAACCAGGAAAACAAACAAAAAAAAGGAGGGGAGGGGAGAUUUUUUGGAGAAGAAAAAAAAAGGUGUUUUUGUAGCUGUUCAGUUGCCACUAAGAGAUUGCACAGUCAACCCGACUCUAAACACACUAGUUUGAAUUCCUAAAUAUUUUCAAGAGAAAAGAAUAUUUGUUUGAAACUUGGGAUUUAAAAGAAAAAAAAAACCACAUUUACUCCACGUAUUUUUUAACAAAAACAAAAAAAAAGUCACAUCAGGAAAAUAUCUUAAUUUGUGGUAGCUGAUUUCAGUGUUUUUUCUCGUAAAAGUGGAAUAGAGAAUUGACUUGUAGUGCACAUCGUUUCAUAGCUUUAACCGAUUCCGGUCUCUUUCCGGGCCGGGAUUUGUUUAAUACACUCCAUUUUAGGCCAAAUCAGGACAGAAUAAGGAGACGGAACGUUCUGAAAUCUAGGUAUUUUGUAAUCUGCUUUCUAACCUCUAACCACGGAGCACGCGGAUCAGACCUCAUUUCUCGGAGGAGUGGGAGACAGCUUGGAACGGGGUGGGCGGACGCACGGAUCGGUCCGGUCGGGCUCUCCUUGCGCGCCAGCCGAUAGAGCCGCUCCUGCGCAUGGCCAAAGGCUUUGGGCGGAAAGAAAUCACUCCACUUGAUACCCGGAGACCGUGUUUGAAUGGUCUUCGGGCACAAAAGUCCGCACUUAUGCACAGGCUGACCCGGAAGGCGGAAGAGUUUGGUUGCCGUAUUUCACCGAAUGUAAGGUGUCCUUUUCCUCCAUUUUAGGGACUCCAAAUACAGUAGAGUCUCACUUAUCUAUAUAUAUAAAAGGGUAAUGGAAUCACGGCGCCGGACAAAACAACUAAACUAAACGCCCCACAACCUUGAAAAUUGACAACACAACCUCUCAUCCACGCCUCUACGUUCAUACAACUAAAAGAAAAGAAAAAUUAAGUCCUAGCCACAGCAACGUGUGGCCGGGCACAGCUAGUCUAUAUAUAUAUAUAUAAAAGGGUAGUGGAAUCACGGCACCGGACAAAACAACUAAACUAAAUGCCCCACAACCUCGAAAAUUAACAACACAACCUCUCAUCCAUGCCUCUACGUUCAUACAACAAAAAUAAAAGUAAAAUUAAGUCCUAACCACAGCAAUGCGUGGCUGGGCACAGCUAGUCCAACAUAAAACGGGCCGGCAGAACGUCGGAUACGCGAAAAUAUCGGAUAAUAAGGAAGGAUUAAGGAAAAGCCUAUUAUGUUAUGAUUUUACAAAUUAAGCACCAAAGCUUCAUGUUUUGCAAAAAAAAUCGACAGAAAAAGCAGUUCAAUACACUGUAAUGCAAUGUAGUAAUUACUGUAAGGUGUUCCCUCGCUACUUCGCAAUUCACUUUUCGCUCCGUCGCUGUUUCGCAAGGUUUUUUUGCUAUCCAAUCAAAAUGCUAUCCAAUCAAAAGUGGUAUCUAUCUAUCAGACUAACAAAUUAAACAACACAAAGUAACUUACGGAAGACUAGGCACCUGCCUUUCGCACAUGCAUGCUUCGCUGGCUCCCGGGAAUCCUGGGAGUUGCAGUUUUACAGCCUUCUCUGCCAAAUUGCAGUCUGCCUCACCAAACUGAAACAACUUCAGUGCGAAACAGGCUUGCGAAGGAGAGAAAGGCCACCUAACUACUAAAAUAAGGUAUAAAUAUUAAAAUAAAUACAGUGUCCCUACUUCACGGAUUUUCACUUAUUCCGGGUGGUCCCGGAAUGCAAUCCCUGCGAUAAGUGAGGGAACACUUGCAAAUUUAGCACCAAAACAUCGCAAUGUAUUGAAAACAUUGACUACAAAAACUUCAGCUACUAACAAAUUGACUACAAAUAAAGAUAGCAAAAGUAAAGGUUUCCCCUGACAUUAAGUCCAGCCGUGUCCGACUCUGGGGGUUGGUGCUCUUCUCCAUUUCUAAGCCGAAGAGCCGGCGUUGUCCGUAGACAUCUCCAAGGUCAUGUGGCCACUGGCAUGAUGGCAUGGAAUAGAAUUGCAUAAAAUGAACUUGUCAGAAAUUAAAUGCGUAAAACAUUCAGUCCUUGCUGCCCAGAGAAACAGCCGUGGAUCCAGGCGGGAGGCAGACGGCGUUGGAUAAUCCAGAGUGUUGGAUAAGUGAGACUCUACUGUGCAGGGUGCAUCCUAAAAUCGAUGGCGCCUUCGAUUAAUUUUUUUUUUUAAACUGAUAGCCUCUGAAGAAGGAGAACGAGCCACCGUUGUGUCCUCAACCAGUUGUCUGUUUACCAUCUGGCUGAGCUAAGCACUGCUUCCGCCCGUAGAAUGAAUAAAACAGUCUCGUGGGGACGAGAUGACUUUCGGGUUGGAACGGGGGAAAAAAAGAUAUUGCGCACACAGAGGAAUUUAUUUCGCCAUCAAGAGAAAAAAAGGAAAUUGAAGCUUAGUCAGCACCUUAGACUCGGUGAAAUACGGUCAUACCGCUUUGGAAACCUUGCAGUCGCGGGAAGCACUUAGCCCACUUUCCGCCGACCCGUGCCCUCGUUGGAUCGCAGGGCACAUCGUCCCAAUAGGCAAAGCCCACGUUCCCGGAGGGCAUGCGGUGGGGCGCCUAAAAUUCCCACCAAGAUAGGACCGGGCCUGUUCCAGCCGAUCGCACGCCGCGGCCUCUUCACAAACUAGCUCCUCACGGACUGUGGUCCCACGGCAAGCACUGAUUUCUAAUUUUCUAAUCCUUCUCAGUUGUGGGACCAAUCUUAAUACUCCCCUUCCCCUUGAACCGGACGAGGACGGGCCCGGGCGAGGUCGGGAACCCAAGGCGGCCAACGCCGGCUCUUCCAAGCCCGCCGCAGCCGCACGGGCCGACCGGCGUCCAAAGUCGAAUUUCCAAAUUGUCUCCGACUCCUCCUGUUGUCUAUGUGUCUAUGCGCGAGCAUAGCGGCGUGUGGAGGGACGAGUGGCUGCGCGUGGGAGCGUGUGCGUGUGCGCGUGGGUGUGCAAUUUUAUACGUCUGUAUUUUCUUACGUCCUCGUGCACACAUAGAGUGCAUUACUGCCACCUUUUUCAAUAAGCUGUUUUAUCAGUUAGAGCUUCGACCGUUUCGCUGGUUUAGACUCCUUUUAUUGCCAUAUCUUUAAAACUAAUGAUAGAUGAUUUCGGUAUAUAUAUUAUUAUUUUUUUGCUUAUUUAUAGGUGCUGUAUUUUAUUAUCUGAUUAUUAGGAAGGGAUGGAAGGGGGCAAAUACUCUUUAGACGGAUAGACUGCCGGCAGUAUUGGGUAUAAUUUACAAGAUGUAGUUGUCAUACUGUAUAUUGUUGACAAACAAAUUUCUUUUUGUUUGUUUGUUCUUUUAGGGUUUUUUUGUUUUGCUUUAUUUUGUUUCGGACCGUAUUGUGUACCAUGGAAAACUUUUGUCUUAGGUCAAUAUCUUUUGAUGACACUUUAACGGUGCAUUCAGGACUUCAUGCAUUCUAAUUAAUCUUUAUGAUGCGGAGGGAAGGCAUUCUGAUCGAAAGGGGUUCCCGACAUGACGGCUCAAUGUGCUUGUAUUAACUGAUAAUUAAUUCUUUUUAUAGUUGUUAUUAUUUUUGCUGGACUGUAAGAUGUGAAACCACCUUCCUUGCAUGGCUUCUUGGGAAGGAAAUUAUGGAGUGACCGGAGCACUUACUUCAAGCCCUCACCAGUUUUAAGUGUGCAGUAGUAGCUUUAAACAAAGGCAAAAUGUCUUUCCAGGGCCCAGAUCGGAAGGUUUCGCUGAGACCACGUCUUACUCUUGAACAAUUUCUUUGGUUCCAUGACUACUUAGAGGGGAUCGGGACGUCAGUGCUUGAAGUCUGCAAACAGUGAGGAGGAGGCAGAUUUUCGAAAAGUAAUGAUAUUCAGUAGAGUCCCGCUCAUCCGACACACCGUAUUAUCCGACGCCCUCGCUCAAUCACUAUGCCAGGUCCUAGUUCUGCCACCACUGCUACCAUCGCUGCCUGGUGAGUGAGUGAGCAAAGGAGAGAGUCAGGCGAGCGAAGAAGUGCGGAAAGGCCCUCCUUCCCUUCCCUGCUCACUCACUCACUCACUCACUCGUCAGGCUGGGUCCCGGCAGUGACAUCACCAGGACCCGGCCUGGUGAGUGAGUGAGUGAGUGAGCAAAGGAGAGAGUCAGGCGAGCGAAGAAGGGCGGAAAGGCCCUCCUUCCCUUCCCUGCUCACUCACUCACUCACUCACUCGUCAGGCUGGGUCCCGGCAGUGACAGCACCAGGACCCAGCCUGGUGAGUGAGUGAGCAAAGGAGAGAGUCAGGCGAGCGAAGAAGUGCGGAAAGGCCCUCCUUCCCUUCCCUGCUCACUCACUCACUCACUCACUCACCAGGCUGGGUCCCAGCAGUGAAAGCACCAGGACCCGGCCUGGUGAGUGAGUGAGCAAAGGAGGGCAGAAAGGCCCUCCCUCCAUCCCCCACUCACUCACUCACGACAGGGGCAGCACCAAGACCUGGCCUGGUGAGUGAGCGAGGGAGUGAGGGUAGGAGAGCGAAGGUUUAAGUCUGAUAAGCGAGACUCUACCGUAGUUUGAGUAUCCUGGCAAUAUCGAAGACUCACCUUUGCCUGCAGAAUAUCUAGGGAAUGGGGUGUCUCUGGUGCUGGUGCGUUGCGACCGCAUGCCAAAGUGUUGCUUUCUGAGCAGAGUAACUCUGCGAGGAAUCGGCCGCUCCCGCAUAUCCUCGGCCUCUGAUGGGAGCGGGCCUGAGAUGCCCGGGAAGCCCACGGGAAAGCCUCGCUCCAAUGGGAAGGUCGUCCUGUGCACGUUGUCAGCACUUGCUGCGCUUCCCUCCGAUCAGGGAACACUUUCUAUGCAGGCGAGGGGCGUCUUUCUGGCCUUCAGGGGUUUCUGUGUUUCCUUUGCAGCAAUAGCGGACUCCCGUUCCAUUCUCUUCCUCCCAAACCCUCGACCGUGGCCACAUCCAUGGGCGCCCGCUUCCCAUCGCUCGCGGGCCGAUGCUGUUGCCGCAGCUUCUCACUCGGGUUCUGCCCCCAUCUGGAAAAGCAAUAUUGAAGUGCCUUGAAAAAAAGAAACCCCACAAAGUUCUACUUGUCUCGCUGCUCGUCCUUUCCCCGUCGCCACCGAGAUCACGUUUGUGCGAAUCGCGCGUCCAGAAUCCUCUCUUCCCUCCACGGUAGUAGGGCCUGCCUAUGUGCCAAAGCAGAUCCAUCUUCUUUCUCCCACUCACUCCUUGCAAGGACCGCCAUUUCAAGGGUCGGGGACACCGCGAGAUCGAGUCGACGACGGCAUCACUCUGCCCACUGGCUACGAACCGUGAGAUUCUGUAAGCUUGGGAUCCCUCUGUCGCUUCUCAUUGAGGUGUGAAGAGAAAGACCAGGACAGGCGAGCCAAGUGACUGCUCAGAAAAUGCAUUAGGCCGGCAUCUUCCAUUCUCAAGACUUACUCGGGUUCUCCCAGAUUAAACGCCACUGCGGCUGGUCAGCUUUGAGUCCUACCAAGUUCUUGAGAUUGCCAUUCCGAUCGGAGCAGCUCGAUCAUCACCAGCAAAUGCUUUGGGGCACGAGGGCCUUUUUCUUCAGUUGAAUAAGUUCAUCCACCGACAGCUCUUGGAAGAGCAUGGAAACGGAGUAACGGGACUUACGUUACUUGCGGCUUCCAAUCCUUGUGCGGAAACCAGAGUCCGAGUUCAUUCGCCCUCUUGUCGAUUCAGCUGUUUCACUCGACAUCUUCAAUGGGCAAGAUCCAAUAUUUUAACAAGGCCGUUUCCACGUACGUCACUAUUCGAAAAACCAAUAUAUUCCACAAUUUCGGGUUUUUGAACAAUCCUAACAGAACAGUUGUGCGGAAAUCGGAGUCUGAGCUCACUCGCCCUCUUGCCGAUUCAGAUGUUUCACUCGACAUCCAAUUUUUCACAAGGCCGUUUCCACAUAUGCUUAUUCGAAAAACCAAUAUAUUCCACAUUUUCGGGUUUUUGAAUUUGACCUCACACCAACUUACCGUCAGGAAGUCCUUCCUAAUGUUUAAAUCCUUUGCUCUGUGUCCUACUCGCCGAAAACAAGCUUGACUCCUUUUGGCCUCCUUUCAGAUAUUGAAACUAGGGAUGUGCGAAACAGCAGAAAUCGGUUCUGUUUUCGUCCCGUUUUCAGGAAGAUUCGGAUCCGUAAUUCAGGAUUGGGUGUUCCAGAAUGAAACAAAAACAGAACGGAUUUGUGCCAUUUCGCACACCCUUAAGAAACCUGGCUCACAUGGCCCUCUCUCUCAGCCAUCUUUCCUCAUGUGCAUUCGGGACUUACCUUGUUCCGUUUCGUAUCCUGGCUUUCGUAGAGGCCCCGAUCCGUUUCCGUCUGACCUCCCAAAAUUGCCUUUCAUUUCAAGUCAGUUUUUGUUUCAUUGGGGGGUCUUUCCGUGACAUCCGAAUGGAAGAUACGAAACGGAAACGCAAAUGAAACAAAUAGUAAACAUCCUCCAAGGUGAACCUCUUCCUCUUCUUCAGCUCUGAGGCUUUUUUUUAAUGCGUGGUAACAAUCUCUUGGACUAAGUGUGGGUUGCUGUGAUUUUAAGAUGCACCAACAAGCCCAGAUUUAACCCGUUACAAUCGACUGCGAUUGUAAUGUUUCUAAAUACGGUAGGUAGUGUGUUGAGUUAGUGAGAAGGUUGUCCCUUUUUCAGCAGAGCCAACAUUUUGCAGGAGAGGUAAAGCGAGGGCAUGGUUUGCCACACAGAUGUCAUUACGGCUCCGCCAAGCAAUGGUUUCUCUCACAUUGUGGCUGCCUUUUGUUUUCUUCUUCUACUUCUUUCUCCUUUUUUUGGUGGCAGGAUGCUCCAAUUCUCCAGAAGAACUAUGAUGAGUCGGUCUCAUGAGAGUGGCAUCUGGAGAUCCUCAUGGGAUUCAAGUGACUCCCAGUUCUCAGAACCACGACUAAGUGUCAUUCAAUGGAUAACGGCCUGGCUUAGGAUGAUGUGCUUUGCGUGGAAAUAUCUCGGUGGAAAACAUGCCAGUGGCACUUGGGCUGAAACCUAGUAGAAGACCUCGCUGAACUUUUUACAGAGUGAAUUCCAUGCCUUUCCAAGAGCCAACUCUACAUGUUUCUUAGAAUCAGCCCUAACGAGAUGCCUUAGAGGUUCAAAUCCUGGGUGUUGUAAGUGAUUCAUUUGCUAAUUCAUCUAAAUAACAAUGGACUUCAGAAACCUGGGUGUGUUCCACAGGAAUGGGAGCAUGAGCUUUCCAUGCAUUCUGUCUUCAUACAGCUGAGGAACAUCUUGGAGCACCUUUGGAUGUUCUGAUAGUUUUCAAAGCAAUAAUAUCACCUUCUAAAGCCAUUUUGGACAGCUUCCUAGAUAGAUGACUUUUUAAGCCAAGCUGCUCAUGGAUUUCAUGGCACUGUGUUGGCCAACGAAUUCGAGGCAACAGUGAUGGAUUUGUAGUGUUCGGAUGACAUACAGCUUUCAUUCUUUGUUCAGAUGGGAGUUUGAAUCCACGAGUAUAUGGAGGACCAGUUGGACUAUUGUAAUGAAAAGCAGGUUACCCAGGUAGUGCCGUUGACACCGAAGAAGAUAGAACGAGUAGCUCCCAGCGAUCCCAAGGCUGCUGAAUGGCAUCGGCUUGCUAAGAUAUUGUCGAAACAAACUCCAGGUUGAAGAUGCAAUCGGUUCCUCUCCGCAGACCCAGAAGACUGCAGCACGAAUCCAUACAAAGAGGAUUUGGUCUCUUCCAGAUGGCUUAUAGCAGGCAUUGGGGGCACAUUACGGGCUCAGCCAGAAGGGCCGGGCCGGGAGAGAGGACAGCUGGGCACACAUGGCCACCCUGGGACGGGGCGGAGCCAAGAGGAGGCAGAGCCGGACCCAGGUCAUCCUCAGGUUGUCCUCCUGGCAUACAGACGAGACUGCUCACCCCACCCUUAUGCUGGAGGAAGAUGAGAUAUGUGGCUUCCUUCCCACCCUCUUCCCCUGAUACUCCCGCUAUCCUCUUGGCAUUAUUCCGGGAAGAGAGUAAGACAGGCGGAAGUUGAAAAUGCUCUAGCAGGCUCUCAGCCACCUCAUUCCUUCUUAAGCUGUCCUCCUGGGAGGAGAGUGAGACAUGCAGUGGCUGAGAGUGCGCCAGAGAGCUCUCGGCUGCUCCGUGCCUUCCUCCCAAAGCGGGCUGCCAUGUUCUUAUGCCAAGAGGACAGGGUAUAAGGACGGGGCUGCUUGUACCGUCAUGCUGGGAGGAGAGCGAGACAUGCAGUGGCUGAGAGUGCUCUAGAGAGCUCUCGGCUGCUCCGUGCCUUCCUCCCACGGCGGGAAAAUUAGGAGGGCCUCAGGUUGUCCUCCCGGCAUGACAUAAGGACGGGUCUGCUCACCACAUCCUUACUCUGGGAGGAAGGCGGGACACACGGCAGCUACCCCAAUCCUCCUGCCCCGAUCCUCAGGCUGUUCUUUUGGCAUUAUGCUGGGAGGAAGGAGGACGAUGCAGGUAGUGGCUAAGAGGGCUCUCAGUCGCCCCGCGCCAUCCUCGAGCUGUCCUCCCAGCAUAAGGACAGGGCCACUCGCACCGUCUUUAUGCUGGGAGGAGGGUGAGACAUGCAGUGGCUGAGAGUACUCUCAGUCGCCCCGUGCCGUCCUCGACCUGUCCUCCCAGCAUGACAGAGCCACUCGCGCCGUCUUUAUGCCGGGAGGAGGGCGAGACAUGUGGUGGCUCCAGAGGGCUCUCAGUUGCCCCGUGCCGUCCUCGAGCUGUCCUCCCAGCAUGACAGAGCCACUCGCACUGUCUUUAUGCCAGGAGGAGGGCGAGACAUGCAGUCGCUGAGAGUGCUCCAGAAGGCUCUCGGCUGCUGCGUGCCUUCCUACCCCAUCUUUUUGCCAUAAGGAUGUGUUGGGCUGCUGUGUCCUUAUGCCAAGGAGACAUCUGGCCGCAUCUGGCCUCCGUAUGCCUGGCGUAUAGCAUGGCCUCUAAAUUCUGUAUUUUUAUACCAGUACAUUUCACUUGCUGGACUCAUUUGGGCCUCAGAAAAAAAUCUGAAGAUCACAACGAGUAAAAGUAAACUGUUAAAGAAAAGAAAGAUAUCCCAUUCCUAAUCAGUUUCCCUUGGACCUAUUAAAGUACUCAUUCGGAGAGCCUAUUUUGUUCGUUGUCUAUAACGGAUCAAGAGAAAGUCUCCGCUUAAUCAUCUCUUUGGUGAGCAUGCGCUUGCUCUCCUUUCCGAGUCAGACUCAGCCUUUGUCUUUGUGAGCUCUGAGCAACUGCUUUGGGAGACCUUUUUCUGAAUCGCCGUCUCUCUGUUGAUUGGGGGGCAUAAUCUCAAAGUACGGGUCAUCUGGAUUUUAGAUUGUUUGAGAAUAAUGGUAUGAAAUCCCCAAAUCGCAACGCCGGACUCGUUGAGUUGAGGUGGACUCAAAACCAGCAGCGGUGGUUGUCAGAGCAUCCUUGAUCUGUUUGAAGCACUUAAUAGCGCAAACGUGGAUUCUUUCGUGCAAUAGAGGGAACCGUCCUAAUUGGGGGGCUGGCCUUGAAAGAAAAGCGUCUCUUUGGGGUGACAAUAUUUGCGUGAAAUUGCGGGGUUUGUGCAUGCAGUCCUUUGGCAUUAAGAUUAUUGUGUGCAUUGGGGCAUUGCCUGAUAGGUCUAUUAAAAUUCUCCUUCCUUGGUGGGCUCAUCCAUAAAAUGUAUGGGCCCCCUGGUUUAGUUUCCUCCUGGCAAAUCAUCCUCUAAUUUCAUCCGCCCUUUUGCACUUGUUGCCUCUUAAUAAGGGUGUGUGAAACGGCACAGAAUCAGUUCUGUUUUCGUUCUGUUUUGGGGAAGAUUCUUCCCAAAACAAACAACUCGGGAAUUCCGAAUUACAAAUCCGAACGCAUCCCUCCUGGAAUCUUCCUGAAAACAGAACGGCGGGCACCUCCGCUAUUUACCCAUUUUUUACAAGACAUGAACGCAUUCCUUUGCCCUUGAGCUCCCUGCUUCCUUGCAGAGAUCCUAAGAAAAUUCCAGGGAGGCCUGGUUCUCAAAAGUAACCUCGGCUCCCUGUCUUAUUGCCGCUCUCUCUCAUUAUCACUAUCUAAAAAUGAAACACCUGGUGAUUAUUGACUUUCCUCAUCCCGUUCAGAAGGCUGGGAAUCCCUCCCGGAAUCUUCCCAAAAACAGAACGGCAGGCACCUCCGCUAUUUACCCAUCUUUUUACAAGGCAUGAACGCAUUCCUUUGCCCUUGAGCUCCCUGCUUCCUUGCAGAGAUCCUAAGAGAAUUCCGGGGAGGCCUGGUUCUCAAAAGUAACCUCGGCUCCCUGUCUAAUUGCCACUCUCUCUCAUUAUCACUCUCUGAAAAUGAAACACCUGGCGAUUAUUGACCUUCCUCAUCCCGUUCAGAAGGCUGGGAAUCCCUCCCGGAAUCUUCCCAAACACAGAACAGAUUCACUAAAGAUCCAUUCGAGGAGCAGGUGCUCGUCGGCCAGGUUAUAAUGUCACCACCUUCCUCCGGCCCUGAGUCUGGGGCAAAGUCUUCCGCAGUGUGUUCUGUCACUGCUCUUCCGCACAAAGCAGUCAUAAGGCGAGGAAGAUGGAAGUUCUAGAUUAAAUGAACCCAGUUAUGCAAAUGAUCCGUGAGAGGCCUAAUAGCUCCUUCCCCAGAAUCAUAUCUAGAUAUAAAUCGGGUGUGCGAAAUCCGUUCUGUUUUUCGGGAAAUUGUUUCCAAAAAAAAGAAACGGAACUCCAGAUCCCAAAUUACGAAUCCGAAUCUCCCGGAACCUUCCUGGAAACAGAAAGUGGGCACCCGAAAUUUGAGCAGAUUUCCGCCGUUUAGCACAGCCCUAGAUAUCAUGGGAUUGCCCUGGCUUUAAAUCAGCCUUAAAAACACCAAGAUGGCCUCCUUGCCCGUUUCGAAUGAGAGUCCCGUUCCAAGGCCAUUUCAGUUGACCUGUUCAAAACAAGCUGAGCGCAUCUUCAAGUUUCCUGCCUCUUCCGUCACGACCGCCACUUUCUCCGUUUCUUAAUCAUCUGCUUUGCAAACAUAUCUCUGCUUGUUUCGCACAAACCUUUGGGCCUUCCCAAGUUGGAAUGAGAUUAUUUCAUGUUACAGCAGCUGUGGGUGGACCCAUAACCCCCGGAGGCUUCUCCGUUGGCCCCAUAUCAGUCAAUUGUUUUUGAGGUUCUUGUUUCAUGUGUAAGUGCUUGGUGGAUGUGCCCAACAGAGCCGCCUUGAGCCUGUGGAGUAGGUCUGUGAAGAGUCACUUUGUCCAAGAAAAUAACAUUUUGUCCCUCGAUCGAGGCUCUUGUGUCACCUUGUGUUUCCCAGAGCGCGGUCGGGGUGGUUUUCAGUUUUCUUUUUGGUAUGGCUAUGAAUAUCUGUGGCUCAACAGGGAGCAUCUCGCUAGAGCAGAGGCACGGAUUGGAAGCGAGGUUUUGUGCACAUCUUUGUUCAGUGUUUCGUUCCCUCCAUCCUCUUCUGUUUUCUCCAGUUCUCCCGACACAAAGUGGACUGAGAUGCACUGGCAAAACAAGCCACGGGUUUUGGAAAUGUUCCUCCUCAACCUGUGGGCAUUGGGCGACAGAGGAGGGCAAGUGUUGUUUGCUCCUGAGACACACAACACAGAUCCAGUUUUGCAUAUCAGCCCGCUUUUGGAGUUGAUCCAACAACAGGGCCUUAAUAAGUCAGCAAAAUCAGGAUGUCUCUGCGUUGUGUCUGCCAGCGUUCCUCACUUUUUGUCUGGGGUGGCCAGGGCCGAUGGGGAGCGCAUCUCAAUCACAUCCGGAGGGUGGUGUUUUGACAGUUCCCGUCUGAAAUGUUGUGAAACAGCCAAAAGACAAGCAUUUGGUCCCUCGUUGAUUAGUUUGCCCCCAAAGUCAAAGCAGCUAGCUCCUUCUUUGCGCAAAAACAAAGUUGAAGCAGCUAGCUCUUUCUUUGCGCGAAAACAUCGAAACAGCUAGCUCUUUCUUUGCGCGAAAACAAAAUCAAAGCAGCUAGCUCUUUCUUUGGACGAAACAUCGAAGCAGCUAGCUCUUUCAUUGCGCGAAAAAAAGUUGAAGUAGCUAGUUCUUUGCGCAAAAACAAAGCCGAAGCAGCUAGCUCUUUGCGCAAAAACAAAGUUGAAGCAGCUAGCUCUUUCUUUGCGUGAAAACAAAGUUGAAGUAGCUAGUUCUUUCUUUGCGCAAAAACAAAGUUGAAACAGCUAGCUCUUUCGCGCGAAAACAAAGUCGAAGCAGCUAGCUCCUUCUUUGCGCAAAACAAAGUCGAAGUAGCUAGCUCUUUCUUUGCAUGAAAACAAUGACGAAAAUGUAGAACAGGCAGGCAUACACAACUUGGCAGUAGUCGGACCAGUAGUAAGAGCGGGGAGUGUGGCCCGUGGGCCGUAGUUUGUGCAGGUCUGAUGUGGCGGUUUUUUCAGAUGAAAUGAGACGUUGGCCACCCAUGGGCACGUGUGUCAAGCUCUUGGUCUGUAGGCUGGACCCCUGUGUUCUUCAUCCUUAGACAUCACGACUGGAGCAACAUUGGGAAGGCUGCGCUUUGUUCCGUUUAGUCAGGGGUUGGGAUUGAGAUCCAAAGCUUGUGGGUAGGAUGCACAACCUCACCGCUGGGUUACAACUGAAUAGAAAUGGGAGUCCCAUUCCGUUCAUGGAUUCAGCGGAUACCACAAUCUGUGUCUGUGGCCCGCGAUGGAGAUGUGCUUGUUCUCGGGGGAGUUGUUGCUCCUCGGUCCCCGCCGCCCAGGUGUGCUUGAAGGGAGUCACGAAAUCUUUUGUGUUGGGUUGUGCUGCUUUUCGGAAAAAAAAGCCCUCUCGAAACAGUCUAUGCAUUUCCCGUGUCGAGCGCCGCUUUGCGCCGCUGUUACCGUCUUUUCCUCGAGAUUAACCCGAGUUGUGCGUCCUGCUCUCUCAGAGAACGUUGUGUGUGCCGAUUUGGACGUUGGAAUCCAAAGCGAAGUGGCGACCAGCUCCUUAGUGUUCUUUGCUCCCCCCUCGUCAUAUAAAUAUAAGUAUAAUGUUAAGGUCCAGGGCACGGUUCUCCCGGAAGGCCUUGCGCACGAGAGCCUUGCACAAAACCUUCCCCGGGGAUCGUGCUCUGAAGGUUUUGUUUUCUAUUUUAUUUUAUUAUUAUUUGUUUUGCAUUUGUGCAAUAACUACUUGCCAUUUUAUUGGGCUAACCUUUGGACUUGCCCUGACUACUAAUACAGCACAAAAAUGAAACUCGAAACACAAAAAAGGUGUAUUUUUUUUCCUGAGAAUAUUUUCUUUUUAAAAAGAAAGGAUAAGCUCCAUUUUAACUCCCCCCGCCCCGUGUACUUGUGGUGUCCAACAUUUUUAGCAGUAUUUUAUAAAUAUAUAUAUAUAUAUAAAUAUAAAUAGAUAUAUAUAUAUUAUUUUUUUCCUGUAACGCACUAAGUCUUAGAUGUUUUUAGAAGUUUGUUUCUUAUAUUCACAAUCACAAUUUUAAUGAAAUACCCUCACAAAGACCCAAUUGACCAAAAAAAGUGUCAUUUUUUCUUUCUUUUGUACAAGUAGCUUUGAGAGAAGCCCCACAUUGUGUUGCUGUGACUUCAUCUUUUGUACCAUUUUAUUUCUUGUUCAGAAAGUUUAUUAAAAAAAAUAAUAAAGUUUUAUAUGGUUGGCAGCGACGGAUUCGCUUUGGGUUGGCCCGACGAUGACGCCUGUUCUCAGCACUGUACAACCAACCCAUCCCUAUGCCAGGUGGAGAAGCAAUAUCACUGUACGAAACUCACAUGAUGAUGUAUUAUUAUUAUUAUUAUUAUUAUUAUUAUUCACUAGCACCCUAGGUGUGAUAAUUGAAGUAAAUAUCUUUUAUACAAACACAA